AUGGAUGGAAACCCAAAUCAACAACACAACCAAUCCCAGGACCACGAAUCUCAAACAAACCUAGCCUUACAUAUCAACCACCAAACUCCUCUACUGCCACCCCACACAAAUUCAACAAUUCCCUCCUCUUCCACCCAUCAAUCUUCAGUGCCUGCAUCACCUCUACGGACUGAGAAUACUCAUCAUUUACCCAAUGAUACUCCUCUAGAGGAUGAUGGUGAUGAUGCAUUUUCUAUUGAGGAUGACCUCGAUGACAUCUUAACCCAUAAGUGGGAACUCAGCCUAGUCGGCAAAGUUCUUUUGUGUAAACCUUAUCGUAGGCAAGCAAUUAUAGAGGCAUUGCCAAGGGCUUGGAAUCUGACGUUUCCAGUGGCGAUUUCACUGAUGCAAGAUGAUCGAUAUCUCUUUCAGUUCCAUCAUCAACUUGACUAUAAGAAUGUGUUGGAGGAGGGCCCUUGGGCAGUUGGUGAGAACUUAUUGAUACUGGAAAAAUGGAGACAGGAGGAAGACUGGUCGUUUAACAGGAUUGAAUUCUGGAUUCAGAUACAUGAUGUUCCUCAGGAACUGUUUCAUUUGGACCUGGCAACACAGAUGGCUGCAAAGGUUGGGAACCCACAGCAGGUCACUCUAUUCGGGCUACGUAUGAGGUUCAUACGAUGCAGAGUUACUAUUGACAUUGCUAAACCACUACAUAUCUCCAUUCCUAUUAAGAGAAAGUCCCCUAUUCGCACCUUAGCUUCGGUUAAAUAUCAGCGGCUUCCUAAUUUUUGUUACUAUUGUGAAAUGCUAGACCAUGAGGUCAAGCAUUAUGUGGGUUUUUCUGAUGCUGAGACUUCCUACUCAAAGGAACAUGGUUGUGCUAAGGCCUCUCUUUGUCUGAAUUUUCCCAGCUUCCAAGUUGGUCAACAUAUCUGA